AUGUCUCGCUCCCGCCAGGCCAAGUCUUCCAAAUCAGUCCGGAAGGAAGACCUCAACAAAAAGAAAAACAGCCAGCUGAAAAAGAAGAAGGCCUCCAAGCCCAUUCAUAAAAAUGUGGCCUCAGGAAAGACUGUAACCCCUGGAAAAUCAAGGCAAUCGAUUCACGAAAGAGAUGGGAAGAAAAAAACCGAACCGAAGCCACUGGUGCCCAUCAGAGGCCUGCUGACUAGAGCUGGAGCAGCGCGAAUGAAUCUGGAUCGGACCGAGGUUCUGUUUCAGAACCCCGAGUCCUUAACCUGCAAUGGAUUUACAAUGGCUCUUCGCAGCACCUCGCUCAGCCGACGGCUCUCACAGCCCCCCGUGGUCAGACCCAAGAAAGUCCCACCUCCAAAGAACACAGAAAAGCAACCGAAAGCCUCUUCCGGCUCAGGAGUCAAACACUCAGAAAAGGAUUCCACCCCAGUGCAAGAUCCCGUCGUUCCUCUCGAUCCACAGAAUCAAAGUCUCAUUCCAAAUGCAUCUCUAAGCAACGGUGAGAGUCAAGAUGCCAUUCUGGGGACCUCAUGGCCCCCCGAGGUCGAGGAUUCCAGAAUCCUGGGCUCCACCCUCAGUGGUCCUGCCGCAGAGAUCUUCUCGGAGUCGCCGGGGAGGACACUGGCCAAUGAAGGACUGUUUUCCAAAGAGAUAAUGACUGAUGCCUCUAGAAUGUUUGCUCAGGACACCCCGUGUGCUCCUUGGGUCCAAAGAGCCACCCUCCAGGUUACCUCCCAAGAAAACCCAAACAAUCAGCUAGAAGAUUUAGGUUCCCGGGUGGAGUCUCUCAAGUUAACUGACUCUUCCCUGGAUCCCAUGGAAAGUGAACAGAAUUACUGCCCUACCUCCAGUUUUAACCACACGGUCCCUGAAUUGGACCUGCAGGACUGUUUGUCUGCUGGUGGGUCAAUCUAUCCUACCUCAUUAAUAACGCUCCUCUUGAACAGUGCAAAGCAGGAAGCCGUGGGGGACGAACCAGCUCACCCAGAGAUCCUCCAGGCGCCCCCGGGGCAACAGGACGUUCCACAUUCCACCCCUGUCCUGGAACCGGCCUUCCGUGAUCUGCCACAUCCAUGGGGAAUUCCUGGCGCUAACACAGUUCACAGAGCAGCUCUGGGCCCGACCCCAGGCCCUGCCCAGCUCCCUGGUGCUAUUGCAGUCCAAGAAGAGGUCUUUGGUGCUAUCCUAGAUCAACCAGUCUUUGAUGUGGGUGGGGGGAUUGCCUCAGCCCCAUCUAACUUUCUUCCCGCUCCUUUAAACCCAAUUCCUACCUUUCCACCCCUCCCGGCAUGGCCUGAACCCCAGAGCGCCAUUCCAUAUGGGCCUGCGGUUCAGUGUGCUCUGCCAAUAUUAACUUCGGGACCCAGUGAGACUCCUGCGCCCUCAUCAAGGCCAGAGAUCAGUUCAGAACCUCCAGUCAGAGCCACAGGCAAUCAGGACUGUGGGCAGCAGUUUCCCGGAAGCUUCCUGGCGCCUAAUAUUCCAGGGUUCAUGUUAGAUGCCAAGAAAGGUUUCCACCAGAACUCACACCCUCCCCAGAUUUGUCCCCACCCUUCGGAAGGAGGAAACCCCCUCGUUGCUGGGACGAGCCUGGCUGAGUCCAACAUCCCAGUGGGGUCUGCACCAGGGUCACUUCCCAGGACAGCUGCUUUUCCUUCCUCUACCGCUGUGCCACCAUUGGAAAAGAAAAAAAGAAAGAGAUGUGGGGUCUGUGAGCCCUGCCAGCUGAAGGUCAACUGCGGUGAGUGCACAUACUGCCAGAACAGAAAGAACAGCCAUCGGAUCUGUAAGAAGAGAAAAUGCGAGGAACUGAAAAAGAAACCUUCGCACACGGGGGCUUUGGAGGCAAAUUUUGACAACAAACCAGUAAAUGGCCUCAAGUCAGAAUCCAUGGACUACAGUAGCUGUGGUCAUGGGGAAGAACAAAGAUUAGAAUUGACCCCACACCCCCAUGAAAAUGUAACUAAAAAUGAAGGAAGCAAGACUGUUAAUGCAGUGGAUCAGUGGCCACAAACCAAAACAUCACAGUUCACCGAUCAUGUCCAGGGAGAGUUUAGGGCAGUGGUGACAGAAGCUGAAAAAUGGAAAACUGCUGAAGGUGACAGGAAUAAAGUCCUAGUUACUGACCUCCUUAAACCUCAAAACUCACUUGUACAAGCUAUCAAAAAUGGCAUUAAAAAUGCGCACUGCAUACCAACUGAAACCAAUGUGUCCGUUACAAACUCCAAUUUGGAUGAAUCUGGCAAGGCAAUUGGAAACAAUUCUAAUAAAUUCCUGAAAGCCCCUGCAAACCACCACAAUGCUAUGAGCUCCAUAGCAACUAAUGAGACCGGCCAUCAUCUCACGGGCAGGAGCAGCAUCUCUGUCUUCCAGAAGCCUGGCUUUAACUGCAGACCUUUCCCAAAUCCUUCCGACUUCAGUACCAACAGUCACCCCAUGACACACAAUGAAAUUGUUCAACCCAAAACUCCAGACACGAUACCAAGUAGAGACCCAAAAGAUGGAUCUCCCAUGCAGCCUAGUCUUCUCUCCCUCAUGAAAGACAGGAGGCUAACGCUGGAGCAAGUCGUGGCCAUCGAAGCACUGACACAGCUUUCCGAAGCUACAUCUGAGAAUUCCUCACCAUCAAAGUCAGAGAAGGAUGAAGAAACAGAGCAGAGAACAGCUAGUUUGCUUAAUAGCUGUAAAGCUCUCCUCUAUUCAGUAAGGAAAGACCUUCGGGAGCCCAAAUUGUGUGGGGAGCCUCAAAGCCGUCAGCACGGUCCACCAUUGGAAAAGCAAAAUUCAUGCGGCAUGGUGGUAUUUAAUGGCCAGAAUCCCAUAUCUAAGUCACCCAGUAACCCAGGUACCAAACAGGAAUCUGCAAAAUCCAAGGAGUAUUCAAAAGACACGGAUUCUCUUUUUAUACCAAAUUCAGCUUCAUCUGAAACUGACAUCAAUAAAAAUGUUUCCCAAGGAAGAAAUACCCUUGACAGUUCCACAAAUUUGAAUCACUUGACACCAAAAAUUAACAAACUGGUGUGUUGUCACCCAUCACUAGAUGCUAAUAAAAAGUUGGACUCAAAGGACAAUUCACCAAAUCAAGAUACUGUUCACAGUAAAAUAGAGGAAGAUGUGGCCACACAGUUAACACAACUUGCAUCCAUAAUUAAAUGUAAUUAUGUAGAACCAGACAAGAAAAACGUUGCAAGUCCACCAGCAAGCCUCGUUCCACAUAAUACACAGCAAAAACAUAGUAAGGAGAAGACUACAGUACAACAGAAAACACCUUCAAGUGCACAAAAUAAGCCUGGCUCAGCAUUAACCAAGCAAAAGAGCACAACUCAGAAAAAGACAAAAUCUGCUGCACCAAGAGAUAGGAGGAAAAAGAAGACCACAGUCAUGAGUUGUCAAGAAAAUGAUCAGAUAAAGAAGGAGCAAUUGGCCUAUGAGUAUACUAAGUUGCAUGAUAUUUGGAUAGCAUCUAAAUUUCAGCGAUUUGGUCAAUUUGGAUCACAUGAUUUUCCUAUUCAAUUGGGAAAAAUUCCUCCCCUGACCCAAGUGUUGAAACCUUUGAGUCAAUCAAGUUCUGCAUUAGAACAUAAAAAAUUAUUUCCUCCACGCAGUCAAAUCAAAUUUGAGCGUCGUUAUCCUGAGUUGGCACAAGAAGAAACAUUUAAGGUCGAAUCAUUGAAUAGUCUCCCCACAACCCAGAUCAAAGUGGAAUCCAAUGGACAGGUGUUUACAGAAAAAGUUUCUAAUUCUCAGGUACAGCCAACAGUGAAUGUCAAUCAGAAAACUCAUUCAUUACCCCAGUCCUCUCCAUCUAACCAGUGUGCUAAUAUAAUGGCUGGGAUUGACCCAUCAAAGUACCAGCAGGAUGUCAAAGACCAGCUUGACCUCCAGAAGCUUCCAACAGUAACUGAGAAUUCUCCCGAGGCACCCUUACCAGACCCAGCACAAAUUCUCAGGAUAGCAAAUGUGGUAACUUCAGGUGGAAUUACAGUGGUUUCUAGCAAAAGCGAAGAGGAAGUCUGCUCAUCUAGUGUGGGAACAGCAGAAAUUUCCCCAGAAGACAGAGCCCAGCAAAAUUUUAAUGAUUAUGCCAUGAAGUACUUUACUAAUGAGACAAGAAACUUUGUGUCUGCAACGAAAGAAUCUGAGUUGCCAACCUGUGAUUGUCCCGAUCGAGGUAUACAAAAAGACAAAGGCCCAUAUUAUACACACCUGGGGGCAGGACCAAAUGUUGCUGCCGUCAGGGAAAUCAUGGAGAAUAGAUUUGGUCAAAAAGGAAAAGCAGUAAGACUAGAAGUAGUAGUGUAUACGGGAAAAGAAGGAAAAAGCUCUCAAGGGUGUCCAGUUGCAAAGUGGAUAUUAAGAAGAAGAAGCAAAGAAGAAAAAGUCUUGUGCUUGGUCCGACGGCGACCAGGCCACCACUGUUCCACAGCCGUGAUUGUGGUGCUCAUCAUGGUGUGGGAUGGCAUCCCUCUCCCGCUGGCCAACCGCCUGUACUCAGAGCUCACGGACAACCUGAAGGCGUACAACGGCCACCCCACGGACCGGAGAUGCACACUGAAUGAAAAUCGUACCUGUGUAUGUCAAGGGAUUGAUCCAGAAACUUGUGGCGCUUCCUUUUCUUUUGGCUGUUCAUGGAGCAUGUAUUUCAACGGCUGCAAAUUUGGUAGAAGUCCAAGCCCUAGAAGAUUUAGAAUUGAUCCAAGUUCUCCCUUACAUAGCUACUAUGAAAGAAUUACUAAAGGACGUAUUCCAGAAAGAAGAUAUAUGAAACCGGAUCGAAUCUGUCCGGGACAAGAGGCCAUGGAAAAAAACCUUGAAGAUAAUUUACAGAGUUUGGCUAAUGAAUUGGCUCCCAUUUAUAAGCAGUAUGCACCUCUUGCUUACCAAAAUCAGGUGGAAAAUGAACAUGUUGCCCGAGAAUGUCGGCUUGGAACCAAAGAAGGUCGCCCUUUCUCUGGGGUCACUGCCUGCCUGGACUUCUGUGCCCACCCUCACAGAGACAUCCACAACAUGAACAAUGGAAGCACUGUGGUUUGUACUUUAACCCGAGAAGAUAACCGUGAGUUGGGUGUUAUUCCUCAAGAUGAGCAGUUGCACGUGCUACCCCUUUACAGACUUUCAGACACAGACGAGUUUGGCUCCACUGAAGGAAUGGAAGCCAAGAUCAAAUCCGGGGCCAUUGAGGUCCUGCGGCCCCGCCUCCGCAGGAGAAAACGCUUCACCCAGCCUGUGCCUCGGUCGGGGAAGAAGAGGGCUGCCAUGAUGACAGAGGUUCUGGCUCACAAAGUAAGGGCUGUGGAAAAGAAGUUCAUGCCUCGAAUCAAGCGAAAGGCCACUCCGACGGCAAACAACAGCAAGACUUCGUCGCUGCCACUUGUAGAAGAAGACGAGCCUCCCUCCGAAGCCGACGAGCCGCUCUCGGACGAAGCCCUGUCGGACGAGCCCGGCGCGGCCGGCCAGGCCCGGGCGCCGCACAUGGACGAGUACUGGUCGGACAGCGAGCACAUCUUCUCGGACGCCAGCGCGGGCGGCGUGGCCAUCGCGCCCACGCACGGCUCGGUGCUGAUCGAGUGCGCCCGGCGGGAGCUGCACGCCACCACGCCCGUCCUGCACCCCAACCGCAACCACCCCACGCGCCUCUCGCUCGUCUACUACCAGCACAAGAACCUCAACGAGCCCCACCACGGCUUCGAGCUGAACAAGAUCAAGUUCGAGGCGAAGGAAGCCAAGAAAACCCAUAAGACUUUCGAGCAGAGACCCUCGGCACCGCCGAAAGGGCCCGAUCUCGCCCCCGAGGUCAAUGAGCUGAACCAAAUUCCUUCUCAUAAAGCGUUAACAUUAACCCAUGACAAUGUGGUCACUGUGUCCCCGUAUGCGCUCACGCACGUGGCGGGACCCUACAAUCACUGGGUCUGAAGGCUUCCCUCCCCUCGAUGCCUUUGCUAGUGCAGUGUAUUUUUCCAAGGUGCUGUUCCAAGAAAGUCAUGUUGUCAUUUUUAUCUUCAUCUCACCCACUUGAAGGCUGAGGUAAAACACAAAAAUCGGGGUGGGUAUUUCUUAACUGUGACUCUAUUUUGACAAUUGGUAGAAGGUGCACAUUUUAAGCAAAAAUAAAGCUUUUAUAGUUUUGAAUACAUAAAGAAAUGUUUUGGUUAGCUGUUAACCUUGAUAGAAUCACUCAGUUUGGUGCUUUAAAUUAAGUCUGUUUACUAUGAAACAAGAGUCAUUUUUAGAGGAUUUUAACAGGUUCAUGUUCUAUGAUGUAAAAAUCAAGAUCACAGUGUUAACUCUACACAGUUCCUGGUGCUUAACCACAAUGACACAGUAAAAAAUAAGCUGAAUUAUUUCAUGGUGCCAUUGUUCCAACAUCUUCCAAUCAUUGCUAAAAAAUUGGCAUGUUCCUUAGAAAUGAACCAAUGAAAUGUUUCUCUCAAAAUACCACUCCUGUAUAAAAUUAUUCACUGUUGUCAGUAAUGGUUGGAGGCUGUUCAUAAAUUGUAAAUAUAUAUAUUUUAAAAGCACUUUCUAUUUUUAAAAGUAACUUGAAAUAGUAUCGCCUAAGAAUUCUAUUGUUAUUGUUUGUGCAUAUUUGCAUACAAGAGAUCAUUUAUUUGUGCUGUGUAGAGUUCCAUCCUUUUUGCAGUAUGUAUUCUAAUCAGGUGUAAUGUUUGUGUCGUCAAUGUGUCUUUAUCCAUUCAAAUAUUAGUUAUAAAAUAGAUCAUGCAAAAAUUGUUAAUUAUCUCUUAAUUCUGAAAUUGGAAGCUUAUCACCAAUAUUGAUUCAUGUUGUCUAUGGGAUUGAGAAUGGUCUCCUGGUAUUUCUAGCAGCUGUGGCCCCAAUUUACUUUGAUCCAAGCUUUCUCAGUACGAUCCAAAAGAGAUAAUUCCAAAAAGAAAGGGGCAUAAUAGGAUUCAGAAGAGUCAAAGGCUUCUCGUGUUUUAAGGUGAUAAAAAUACAAAAAAAAAAAUUAGUAGCAAGAUACCUACCCAUUCUAAUUUGCCUUAUUCUGAAGUCCUUCUGGUAUGGAACAAAGAUAAAUGCCUCUAAAAAACUUUAAGUUCUUAUCUUCAUACACCCCGAACAAGUCAUUGGAAAAAUAAUAUUGUUGGUAUGAUUAGUUCACUUAAUGCUAAUACAUAGUAGUUGGAAGCAUUUUUCACUAUGGUGCCAGGGAUCAAACUCAGGGCCUUACACAUGAUGCAAGGCAAGUGCUCUACUGCUGAGUUACAUCCCUGUCAGAAUGUUUUCAUUUUCUAAAAAUGAUCAUUCAUGUUCAUGCUUUCUGAUAAUUGCCUAUGUUCUCUGGGAAGGAAGGAAAUGGGCAUUCAAUUUAUUUUACUUCUCACUUUUUCCCCUCUUUGUUUUAUUAACACAUCCUGUAGCAAAGGAAAAGGGAUUGCCCAAAUGUUUUUAAAAAAGAAAAGAAUCUUCAAUGAAAUACUUGAUUCUGUUAAAAUGUAGAGGUGCUAUAUCAUUCAAAGUGUCUGAUUCCUUGGGAGUAUGGAAUUUCUAAUGGUGCUUCUCCCUUGGAAAUGCCAUUGGAAACCCACAACCGCUAACACUCGCAAUUUUGGUGCAAAAAAGCAAACAAUUCCAGAAGCUCUAUAAAAUAAUACUCAUAACUUAUAUUAAAAUAAUAUAUGGUGCAAAGUAUCAGUUUCAAGCUUUUGACUAAUCCAAGUAAAGGAACAUGAAGGGAUUGUAAAUAUACUGUCCAUUGAUACACCAUCAUCUUGUACAAAUAGAUUUUUUUGCUUCUUGAAUAUGUAAAAUAGGAUAAUUCAUUCACUUGUUUAGUAUUUGUGUGCCUUAGAUUUCUGUUGAAGAACAUGUAUAUUUUUGUGAGUUUAAGGUUUCUUAUAAAUAUAAGUAUAUAAAAUGAGUGAUUAUUGUUUCAGCUGCUUCAAUAAGAUAUUUACUAGUAUUGGAUUAUCAGGAACAUACCCUAGUGAUAUUUCAUUUUAGAUUUUAGGCCUUAGAUCCCAUUAGAAAUUAUUUCCACACUGUUUUUAAUGGGGAAAGUUUAAAGGUCUUUUAUUCAUCCAACCAUCUACCCAUUCUCCCAUAAUAAACUUAUUAAAUCACAGCAAAAUUUAAGUAUUACCUUUGUUUUUCUUUGAAUCAUACCCAUGACAUAUUAAUAUUUAAUUUAGAUCCUAAAUGAUACCCUUUCAGAAAAAUUGUGAUUUCCUCCAAAAUAAUCCAUUGUGGUAUCCCUGUAGCAAUUCAAAUCAUGUGUCACUAAUUUACCAAUCUAAACUUGAAGCACCAGUGUUAAUUAUGGGAAUGCUGGGAAUUGUGAAGUUAGUACUAAUUCACCAAAAUAAGUUAGUGAAAACAACCAGUCACAAGUGUGAUGUUUUUAUUCAUUCCUUUGUUAUAAUUCACAUUAUGGAUAUUCUAUUUCAGCUACAAUCCCAUGGUGGCAACCUCACAAGAUCCCUACUUUGUUGAUCUAUAAUAAGUUUAUUUUAUCCCCCUUGUCUGCCAUGUGAUUUUUUUUUUUUUAAAGCUCAUGCUUAUUCAUUGUUCAGCAUUGUGAUUGUAUGCUGGUUCCACUGCUUCUAGAAUGCUCUUUCUCAUGAUUCAAUGAAAUAAAUUUCUUUGAAAUAGUAUUCUUUUUUCACUCAGAAAAUGGGUCAUCUAGCAUUAUUUCUAAAUUUCUGUGAUAUUUUACUGAAAUAAUUAACUUUUCUCUUAAGAGCUCUCGAAUUGGGUUUUCAGUUUUAUACUUAUAUAGUCAUUGAAUUGACACAUGACUUCGAAGUUAGCCCAAUCCACUCUUAAUAAGUUUCUAGUUUAGCAAUUAUACUAAGUCCUGUUUCAGAAUCUACAAAAUAUGCUACCCUCAAAUCCCAUUUCAAUCUCCAUCACUGAAUUUUUUUGUGUGCUUUGUCAGCCUUAACUACAUAUUUUGAAGAUAUCCACAGAGUAUCAUAUAACACGUCAUAUACCUAAUUGAAAUAUAUUACUGGGAAAUGAGACUAACCAAAAUGCUUAGCUGUUUGUAGAUUUUUUGCAACAUACACAAUGGCAGAGUAUUUGCAUCUUAUAUAACCUUCCACCAUCUUUAUUAUGCAAUCUGCAUGUGGAUGAAACAAUUUCAUUUGUAAAAGAAUUGCAGUAGAUGAGAACCAUAAACAAUUUCCUUAAGACAUAAAACCCAAUACAUAUUUAAUUGAAUGUAUAUCGUUGUAUAAAUGCGAUAAUCCAUAAGAAAUAUCCUACUUUAACAUUAUUACUUCACUGGACAUCUGAUUAUCACUUAUUUCACAAUAGCAUGUAUGGAAAUAACCCAGUGCCCCUUUAAGUUUAAUCUCUUUAUAUUUGGGUGGGGGGCUCUCUUCAUUUUGCCUGGGGUAACUAUUUGGUGUCAGAGAUUGAAUUCAGGCCUCCAGGAGGCAAAGCAUGAACUCAAACCCUUUGAACUGUUUCCUUGGCCCUAAAUUUUGUUUCUUGAAAGCAAAUUAUAUUGACACCUUUAUCUGGGAAAGAUUUUAGCAUUGCACGCCAGCUUCCACCAAUUGUGGGCACAGCAUUUUCGUUGAACAUGUCAAAUUGGUUGCUGAAUGUGAGUUAAUGUAUACCUGUCUCUUAUUUCACAACUCUUGAUGCAUGGAAAGUUGUUUUCUUUUUGUGUAGAUUUUGUACAAUGGUGAUGUUUGGUCUUGUUUUAUAGAAAUUAGUGAUGAGAAUUGUGAAAUAAGGAAAUGCGCGAGUGGCCUCUGACAGUGCUGGGAGCUCCCUUAGCAGUGAAAAGAGCUCAAACCCCAUGAACAGAUGUUGAUGUAGGAGUGGAAUUAUGUUUGUAAUUAGAAUUUAAUAGUCAAAUGAGGGCCACUCUGGUUAGGACAAUCUGACAACAAAAGAUUUUCUCACCCAGAGGGUAUUUAUCACUGGAAAAUAAUCUCACUUUGGUACAAAAGUAUUUGGUUUUUUUCCCCUGGAGCUUUAGGGAAAGAAGUUGGAUUAAGAUUUUUUUCCCUUAUGGCUUCAGGGAAAGAAAUUGGAUUACGAUUCUAGGGCUGGGGAUAAAGGUCAAAGGGCUGGAGCAUGUUUUGCCUGCUGUUGCCCUGAGUUUCCUCCCCAAUGCUUCAUGUUCCCAAGCACUGAUAAGAGUGCUUCCUGAGCACCAAGUCAGGAGUAGCUCCAAGCAAUGCUCUGUGUGACCCUAAAGAAAAAUUCCAGACACUGGGGCCUGGGGUGACAGCUCCAAAUUGGGUAGCACAUGCCAAGCAUGUGUGAGGCCUUGAGUUAAAUCCCUGGUACCCCAUUGUUCCUUCCCUCAGUAAGGCAUUGAUAUUGCUGAAGGUGGCCCCUUAUUGGUCCCUAUUUUAAUUAAAAACAAAAAAAAAAACUUUUCAUAUAACCUGCUUGGGGAAAUAGCAUUUCCCCCCUGCUGUGUAGCUGUCCUGUUAAUGCCUACAAAACUGUGGAAAUAGUCUUACUUGCUAUUUUAGUAAACAGGUAUCAAAUGCUUAUACAGUGCGACUUUCAUUUCUGCUGGAAUAAGUUUUAGAUAUAAAUAGAUUGUUUAAAAAUUGUGGAAAGUAUAUUUCCAUUGUAUAUACUACCUAAUUGUAUAGUCUAUUUAUGGUUCCUAUCUAAGUUGGCCUCACAAUUAAGCCCCAUCAUAGUUUGUUUUGAUGUGGCUUGUAUACAUAUAUUAAGAGUAUUUUUAAAUUGUGCACAAGUCCUAAACUUGCCUGUAAGUGUAUUGAAUUUGUAACUUCAAUGUCAAUAGUAUGGCACAUUCAACCGUGACAGGGUCCCUGCCCUGAUUCCUGAAGGAGUCCGCAUUUAUCCGAAUCAGAUUGUACUGAGCGUUCUAACAGGUUUAGAAAAUGAUGAUGUUCUUGGCUCUGGAAUGCGAAUUGGAAAGAUUCAUGAAGUCUAUUAAAAACUGACUUUGUAUUUUCUUAGGACAUGCUGGGAUUAAUUUGACUAUUUUUGUUUUUUUUUUCCUUUUUAUGAAUAAAGUAGAAUCUAAGUUCCUGUGUUAAUUUCAGAGUUUGAAACUGACAUUCAUGUAGGACACCAAUCUUUGACCACAUUGAAUUCUACAAACACUACUUCUGCCUUCCAGUAUCCGCAUGAUUUGUUUCAAUCCCUGCUGCUUUUGGAUACUCAAUCUAACAUAUUGUUUGAUUCAAAAGGUAUUUCUUGAGUCCUCUAUGCAAUCCAAAAUUAUUUCUUUAAGGGCUUCACAAUGUUUCCUUGGGUACUUUGCAAUAUUUGAUAAUUCUAGCUUUAGAAAUCCUUUCCUGGAUCAGAGAGAUGGCUUGGUGAGCUGAGUGCAGGCAUAGCAGCAGGAGAUCUGACUUCAACCCCAGCACCACGUGGUCCCCUGAACAGGUUCCUGAGUUGCCACUGAGCACCACGAGAUAUAAUCUAAACAAAAAUCCAUCACUGGCGCCAGAGAAAUAGCACAGUGAGUAAGAUGUUUACCUUGCAUGCAGCCAAUUUGUGUUCUAUCCCGACACCACAUGUGAUCCCCUGAGCACUGCCAGCUGUAGCCCACAAACAAAAAGAAUGAUAAAACUCCACUACUAGUCUUCCUAGACUGUACAUUUUGUGGGAGUGGUGCUGGGAUUUACACAAGUUCUAACAUAUAAGGUAAGUGCUCUAUUACUAAGCUACAUUCCCUAGCUGAUGCUAUGCUCCUUUGUCACCACUGUUGUGACUGUUUAUGAACUUAAUGGGGCCCCAAGUUUUCCGAUUUGUUUAACCAUAGAUGAUUCUUCCUUAAAUUAAAGCAAAAUCUUGAUCUUACAGUAAGAAUGACAUUCAGCUGUUAAGUGUAUUAUCUGGCUUGGGGCUGGAGAGAAAGGACAGCAGGGUGAGCAUUUGCCUUGCAUGCCCCUGACACCAUUUGGAUCUCCAGCACCCCAUGGUUUCCCACAAGACCCAGCAGAUGCCCCAACCACUGCUGGAUGUAACCCCCUCCCCAAAUAUAUAUGUAUGGAUAUUAGGUGACUUAAACCAUUUCCCUCUGAAAACAACUUUUGAAAAGCUCUCUCCCUCUCCCUUCGUUCUUGGGACAUCUGGUAAUGAUGGGCUAUUUCCAGACCAAACCUGUGCCCCUGGCGUGCAAAGCUUGCUCUCCAGCCUAUUGAGUUCUCUCUAUAGGUACUAACGUUUGAAGGUCUUGGUUAACAGUAUAAACCAAAUGUUUCCAAAAAUAGAAAGUUUGUCCUUAGCAGCUACUAAGAAAGGCUUUCUCUUUUAUUCAUUAGUAAAAAAAGGGAAAACAAAAAUCUAGUGCUGUUAAUAAUUUUUAUGUGAGGAGAACCUACAGAAAAUCUGAUUUCUUUUCUACUUGGCGAUUGUAUUACUUGCCUAACCAAAAAGUAUGCUUAUCACUUUUCUUUCUUUGAGUUUGUUUUGUUUGGGGGCUAAACCCAACGAAUGGUGCUGGGAAAUGACUCCUGAUAGGGUGCUGUGGGGUGGCCUCCAGUGGUGCUCAAGGGACCAUGUACUGCCAAGAUUGAACAUUGGUUUCUCACAGGCAAAAGAAUAUAGCCCCCAAAGCCAUCUUGCCAGUUCGUCUUUUUUUUUUUUUCAGUUCAGUGUCAUUUGGUGUAUUUCCAAUCUUUUCCCACUUUUCAUUCUUCACGUGUUCCGAUUUUUGCAAUUAAAAUUCUAUUGCUGGGGGCUGGAGAGAUAGCACAGCGGGUAGGGCGUUUGCCUUGCACGCAGCCGACCUGGGUUCAAAUCCCAGCAUCCCAUAUGGUCCCCUGAGCAUGGCCAGGGGUAAUUCCUUAGUGCAGAGCUAGGAGUAACCCCUGUGCAUCACCAGGUGUGACCCAAAAAGCCUAAAAAAUAAAAUUCUAUUGCUUCCUCCCUCUGCUGUUUGGUCUCCAUUUUGUAUUUGUUGUAUGCCCAAAUACCCAUCACACAUUUAAAGAAUAGUAAUGACCUUGGUCAAAUAAUAUUUUCAUGUCUUUUGAAAACAUGUUUUACAAAUCCUUUAGGAAUAACUGCUUAAGAGAAUCAAACCUUUUAUUCAAUUGUUUUCAGUUCAAACAAAUUCAGUUUUUAGGAAUCAAUGUGGCCAUAAGACAAGUUUGGUAUGGACUACUCUAUUCUAACAAUAUUUGACUCUCAACUCAUUUAUUAGUGUUUGAGUGUUUUUUUGUUUUUUUUUUAAAUCAUGAGGCUAAAAUUUCUCGCACUAUUCCUAGUGCUUUGCUAUUUCUGUAUAAUGCAUCAUGCUUAUUAUCAAUUGACCAGACUUUGAAUUCGUAAGGGAUCUGAUCUAUAGAAUAGACUAUUUCUUUCUGCAUGUUUUCCUUCUUUAUCUUCCAGCCUAAUUUUGUGGAUGGUAUCUCUGAUGUAAAGUAAAUUCACCGCUUUGAAAUUUGGUUGUUGGCAGUAACACUAUUCUAUAAUGUUGGUGGGAAAAGGUUUUUAAAGAUGAUCUGACAGUAAUUGGAAGAAUUUUUAAAGAGGGAAUAAGUUAGUCAUCAGAAACACAAAUACAAUGGGGGGAGUUAAUAAGUACAAUGGAGAGAAAUUGUGUUCCUAUUAGCAAUUGGCUAACUUUUUAUCAACACCAAGAAAUUCUUUUAGUAUUACUCUCCAGUGCAAAUCAGAGCUACUAUCUGAAAAAUAGUAGCUCAAAAUGAUAAACCAUUUUGAAAGCAUAGUAAUAAAAAUUAUCCUCGUGCAAUUUCUAUGAAUGUUUUUAGGUUGUUACAUUGCCUAAAUAAAUGCUUUAUCUCACAUUCUGGGAAUUCAGAUAAACAAUUUUCCUAUCUUAAUGGUGAGGAACCUACAUUUUGGCAAUAGUAAGAAAAGGCUUGUUGCAAAUCAACCUAUUAGAGACUAAAACAUUUACUUACAGUUUAUUAAAUGCUUUUCACCUCCAUAAACUGAUCCAGUCUUACCAAGUAGAAAUUUUGUCAGGCUAUGAAAAUCCUUCUAAAGCUUCCCCGCCCCUCCAUAGGACAAGCUAUUUACUUAUACAUACGUCAGAAGGUCUUCCUAAUUUUUCAGGACUCAUUUUAUAAUCAGAUUAAUGAAUCUUCAUUUGUCCUAUGAGAACUUUCAAAAACCAUGUCCAUAUGAUAAUAAAGUGGGGAGAUAGAAGUAAUUAUUUAAAGAAAAACUUUAAUCAAAAUUGAAUGUACUUGUUAAACUGAAAGGUAGAUUCCCUGAAGAAAAUUUUCUGGGUUAACUGACUAGUUUCCCAGGACUUGUGCUAAAAUUGUAAAACUGUUGGCCUCUCUAACAGACAGUACUGGAUACCACCUAUUUGUUUUGUUUUUAGUUUUUUGUUCUACUUUGUUUCCAGCCAUACCUCUGAAUCAAAGAUCAAACAUAUCUUUGCCCAGAGCUAAGAAAAUGAUAGGUAGUUGUAAGAGUUUUAGUAAGCUCUUUAUAAAGAAGUAGACAUUGGCUUAUCCUAUCAGUACAAAAUGGGUUAGUAAAGAAAAACCCAGGCCAUAUAGUCCUAAAGGAUAAAGGAUAGGCUAAUUGCCUAUCUUUACUAAUGCCUGUUUAAUAUUAUAAAAGAACUGAUGACAUAGGACUUUACAAAAAACAGCUCUUUAAAAGAAAAAAGAUUAAAUAUUUUUUAUUGCUAUGUAUGGUCAUAUUUUUUUUAACUUUUAUGAGAUAACAUUGUUAUAGGUGCUUUAAGAGAAAUAUUUUUUCAGAAAUGGUUUUAUAGUGAAAAUGAAGGGCAGCUUUCACAUUGUGAUGUAUGGGUGGGUGUUCAUCUUUGGCUUGGGAAGAAAUCAUAAACUGUUCCCUAGAGAAAAACAAACUCUCAUUUCAUUUCCUCAUUUUUUCUUAUGCUAUAUGAUGACCUACCAAAUAGCAAUCUUUUGGUUCAAAGGAGACAAGAAUGCUUAUCUCAAGUAGAAGUAAAGUAAUUCCAGGUUCUUUCAGUGAAACAGUACUGAAUUCACAACAGACAAAGAUCAAUAUCACAAAUUAAUUCUUAUCAGAAAAAAAACUGAUUUUGGGGCCGGAGCGAUAGCACAGCGGGUAGGGCAUUUGCCUUGCACGCGGCCGACCCGGGUUCGAUCCCCGGCAUCCCAUUUGGUCCCCCAAGUACCGCCAGGAGUGAUUCCUGAGUGCAAAGCCAGGAGUAACCCCUGAGUAGCGCUGGGUGUGACCCAAAAAGCAAAAAAAAAAAAAGAAAAAAACUGAUUUUUUUUUUUCUCUUUGGGAUGUAUUCACUAUUUCGUACCCUCAUUUUUUGAGUUUGGGAAUUUGAUUUUACCUUUGGUCAUCCUAAUGUAACUAUAUAUCCCAUACGAUGAAGUAAGUUGGUAAGGAAAAGAUUUUCAAUUUCCCACGUAUAUUUUUGGUUCUGCGCAUAAGGGGAACUUGUCAUAAGAAAAACACUUCACCAUUUAGAAGGGAAAUUAAUCUCAAUUAUAGUUAUUUCAAUUCAUAAUCAACAAGUAGUGCUCUGUAGACCAGGGAACACUUUGUAGCAGUACUUGAAGACUUGUAAGUUGGAAUUGCAUGUUACUUGAAAGACCUAAUUAAGCUAAAUUUUGGUGCAAGCAGUUGUACAUGAUUUCAUGUUGAUGUAGCAAAAUGCAUUGUACUAGUAUUGAAACAUAAUUGUAAAGAUAUUUGUGCAAAUUGUCUAUUAUAUUUUCCUUGUGUGUCUCAUUUAUUUAGAACAGGAAGUUUCUUUUUUUAAUUGUCCUCACUGAAUAAGUCUAAAUGGAUACUGUAAUUGAAAUUAUAUUUUACAUCUUUGUCAUGAGUUUUUAAAAAAAAACUAUUGCAAACUGUAUCAUUCCUGAUUACACAGAACUUUGUGGGUGGUUUUAAAUAAAUUUUAUACUUCUAU